CGAUCUGGUGCCCCGCGCCCACAGAAUGCCUUUAUCCUCUACCGCUCGGCCAUGUGCAAGGAGGUCAAGGCCAAGAAUCCCGGGGUCGAGAACAAGGAGCUCUCCAAGCUACUAGGCACCAUGUGGCGCGAGCUGCCCGCGCCGGAGAAGCUGGUCUGGAAGCGCCGGCAGGAGCAAGCCCGCAAGGAGCACGAGACGUUGUACCCGGGCUACAAGUACGAGCCCAAACCGGCCUCGGAGAAGAAGAAGAAU